GAAUGCCACUUAUAAUCGGUUUUGCGGACUGCGACUUAUGAAUCGCAUUACUGGAACGCGACGAUAAAUCCAUUCCCGGGCCAACUUCUGUGAACCAUAUUUCAGAUGCCAACGUCCCCUCUAUUCUCUCUCCUUCCGUUUCUGUUUCCAUUUCCUCUUCGAUAUGGAUGUCUCUGGAGGUCAAAGCUUGUAUCCUUUACACCGCUGCAAAACUAUACACCUGGUGAGGCAUGCUCAGGGGAUUCACAAUGUGGAAGGAGAAAAGGACCACAGUGCAUACCUAUCUCCGCACCUUUUUGAUGCACACCUUACUCCUCUUGGCUGGGAGCAGGUAGAUAAUCUUCGGAAACAUGUUCACGCAUCUGGACUUUCUAAGAAGGUGGAACUAAUUAUCACUUCUCCUUUAUUGAGGACUAUGCAAACGGCAGUUGGAGUUUUUGGUGGAGAAGGUUUCCCAGAUGGAACAGACGUUCCCCCACUCAUGGUGGCAGAUGCAGGAAACAGUAACCAUCCAGCAAUUUCAAGUGUAAAUUGCCCUCCCUUCAUUGCGGUGGAGGGUUGUCGUGAACACUUGGGAGUUCAUUGGUGUGAUAAGAGGAGAAGCAUUAGCGAAUACAAGCCUCUAUUUCCUGCAAUUGAUUUUUCCUUGAUUGAAUGUGAUGAUGAUGUUCUCUGGGAGCCUGAUAUCAGAGAGCCAAAUGAACACCUUGCUGCUAGAGGAAUGGAGUUCUUGAAGUGGUUGUGGACACGGAAGGAGAAGGAGAUUGCAGUUGUUACACAUAGUGGAUUCUUGAUACAUACACUCAGUGCAUUUGGUAAUGAUUGCCAUCCAGAUGUAAAGAAUGAGAUAUGUAGACCAUUCAAUAACUGUGAACUCCGGUCCAUGGUUAUUAUUGACAGAAGCAUGAUUGGGUCAGAUUCUUCAACAACUGAUUAUCCAGGAAAAAUUCCAAGUGGAGUAGAUGUCCGAAGUGACGAUACAUGUAUUAAUCAUCCAGAUGGAUUGUCAAACUGAUCUCAAGCAGCGGCAAUCAAAAGUGGUGGCGUUUGGGUUGCUUUUACUAUUCUUUCAAGUAAUGUAUUGGAUAAUCUCAUUUGGAGCUGGCACUUUUUGGCUAACUCAGAAUUUAUUAUUCUUGAAGAAAGUCGACCAAGCCAAACUCAGUAGUCUGAAGGUAUAAGCAAGAGCUUCAAUACCUUACAAGUAUCAGCAAGUAUUUGUUGUAGUUGUCUAAAUUACACUCUCAUACGCGUAUAAUGUAAGUCAUGUUCCUUGAAUUGAAAGUGUGCUUUAGGUAUCAUGUUUUCA